UACGUCGAGUUAUCACUGUGGUGCGCGCAACGACUCUCCGGCCAUUUGGUCGACUUCCAGAUCCAUGUCACUUCACAUCAUCACAGCUUCCGCACUUAGCUGUAGUGGCGGAUGUCCUUCAGCCGGGACACGGCACACUCCCGACUAAGGAACGAAUCCUGUACACGUUGGAGCAGCUCGAAUAUCUGCCAAAAUGGAAGAUACUAUCAUGACCGACGCGGCUGCGGCUGCCACAUUUGGUACUCACGAUUUGCAAAGUCUCGAGUCUCAAGCUGCAGAAAUUCCCAAUCAGAAUGGCGCCGGUGCCAGUAACCCCGCCAAGCGCACCCAGGAAGCACCGGCAUGCAAGACGUGCAAGAUUCGAAAGGUCAAGUGUAUUCCAGACGAAAAUGAUCCAGAUCGAUGCAAGUCGUGCGUGCGCGCUGGCGUCACAUGCGUCCCACAGCAAUGGAAAGAACGACGACAACUUGGCAAUUACGAACCGCCGCAGACUAUCUCGCAGUACCCAGAUCCGAGUCAUCUGGGCGUCCAUGCCUAUGGCGCAGGCGGGGCAGGACCAUAUGGACCUGGCAAUGGACCAAGUCCUUAUCCCCCAAUCGGUGUCAGUGGUCGUCAGCUUGGCGCUCCUCAGCUCACUGCGUGGCAUGCGAUGCCCGCUGAUGAUCGGAUACAACAAGCCGCGCAAGACUUUUACGCGCAGAAUGGAGCGCCUGGUGUGCUCACAGCCAAGGAGGAGCGUGCUCGGAUGGCAGAGAGGUACGCUCAAAUCGAUGGCGGAGCAGGUCGGGCAAUGGCUCGCAGAGCGGCCGCACUUGCGAUGGAAAGUACGAAUGAGCAAAUUUAUGAGGCUGUUGGAUUUCGACCAGAGGAACACUCCUGGGCUGUGGACAUACCCGGAAUUGAUGACGGCGAGACAGAGGCAGAGGCGGAAGAAGAAAUCAUCUUCGAGGACACGCCUGCUCGUGGCGGAUCUUCUCGAGGCCGAGGUCGUGGCCGUGGUGGCAAGCCUAAGAAGGGAUGGCGAGCUGUCCUGAGGGGCACUGAUCAUGAGAAUGUCGGCAAGAUUCCAAAGAACACCGUCAGCAAACGUGGCAGGCCGAGUGAUCGUGCCAAGAAUCGUGGUCGGAAGCGUAAGAAGGAAGUCGACCCAGGUCCAGUCUUCAAGGAACACAUGGCGAAAGCCAACAAUGCUUAUAUGGAGGGUGACCUCGAUACCGCUAUCGAUCUUGUCCGCUUAGCCAUUGGUGCCAAUCCGGAGAUCUGGAGUGCUCACUCUCUGCUGUCUCAGAUUUUGGAUUCACAGGGUCGACAUGACGAUGCAAUUGAAGCGCUGCGCUUUGGUAUCCCUACCACUCGCGAGGCCAAGAACUGGGAGCAUCUUGCAGAUCUGAUCACCGACAAGCCGGAUGAGGAACUCGACUUUGACACAAUCAAUCAAGCUAUCUUUUACCUUGGUCACGCCAUCAGCAUCACAAAGCCCGAGACUGACCAAUACGACUUGAGGGUGAAGAAAUUUCACCUCUAUAACAUCCUUCAGAAACGCGGUCAGAACAACAAGAAUGCUCGGCUUGAUGCGAAGAACAUCCUGAGGAUCUUUCCUUACAAGACAGCGUUUUUGAAAGAGUUCGCAGUGCUCUGUGCAGCAUGGCCCGACAAAGCUGAACAAGAGCAAGCCAUACAUCGCUAUGACAUCGCAUUCACUUACUACAUGGAAAAUUUUCAGACUUUCGGCGAUGAGGACGACCCCACAGAAGAUUGGGAGCAUCUCAAUAUCUACCUGGAAUUGGUCGAGUUGGCCGGUAAUCCCUGGAUUGGGAUCCAGCAGGCAAAGCGAAUAGCACGCUGGCUGCUCGGUCGGAAAGGCGACGUCUUCUGGGACAGAGUGAGCGAUAAUGACUGCGAAUGGGACCUUGACGAUGAAAGACGACACGCUGUACCUGAAUGGCAAUGGGGUAAUGUCAGUCGUGACCCCGCUCAGUAUGGGGAGGGCAUGCCCAUCGAGAUCAAGGUGCGCAUUGGCAAAUUGCGUCUGAAGAUGGGCCCUGAAUUCCGCGAAGAGGCGCUCCGACACUUCCGCGAGCUUCUGCUGAACGUCGAUGUGGUCGACGAAUACCGUGAUACUUUCGAGGACGUGGCCCAAACCAUGCGCAAAGAUGGCUCGUACCAAGAGGCUCUCAAAUUCUUCGCGCCCCUGCGUGAGUGUGAGGAGGCGGACCAUCCGGAACGAGGACUGUCGGACGAUGUAUGGUACUGGAUGGCUCUGUGCUAUGAGUACACCGAUAAGGUCCAAGACGCCAUUGCAUGCCACGAAGUCAUCGUGCGGAACCGAAGCGAUAAGCACGGCCAUCUACGCGCCUCACAAGCCAAGUUGACGAAAAUGUACGAAGACGCCGGAGAGCUGGACAAGGCAAGAUUCCUCUGCAACGAGCUCAUCAAAAUCAGUAGACAUGAUCUUCUGAUGGAGCAAGGAGUGCAAAUGGUGCCCGAAGACGUCAAGUCGCGCCCCGUGAUAUUACCUGAGCCGUACAGACAGAUUCGCAGACAUCCCAACCCGCCCAUCAAGCCUCGGAUAGAGCCUAACAUGAACUUUAGAGAACUUCGUCCGGCGGCUCCACUUCCGAUAACGCUGAGGAAUGGCGAUAGCAUUGCACCAACACCUUAUCCAGUCCUUGAUGGCCCUGUGCUGGGCAGCUCCCUCCUUGGCGGUCCUGUCAGUCAACGCAUCGAGUUGCCCCCAGCAGCCCCAGAGCCAUUUGUGCCACCAAAGUCGACCAAGAGAGGGCGUGGAAAGUUAGUUGGCAUGAAAAAGGGCAAGAAGGAUAUCCUGGAGACUAUCUGCGGCAUCGAAGGCGAGGACGAGCGCAAUGACGAUGAUGAUGACGAGAACUCUGCAAAAGCUCCAAAGAGGCCCAGACUGAGGAAGAAGAUCAAGGCGCCGUCCAAAGCAGCGCUCAAAGCCCAGGAUCGCGCCCAGCUCAUUCACGACAUCCAACAGCGCGUCUUGGCAAACCAUCUCGAGGUGAAAGCGCAUUGGACCGGCAUGAAGCAGGGCGACGAGGAUGCUACCGAUGCUUGGGUUCACGGCGCUCUAGGAAUGCUCGAUGACUUCACGGAUAUGAAGGUCUUCUUUCCAGACCGUGACAAGUACAUGCGACUGAAGGAAGCAGAUCGAGACCAAGGCAAGUACCAGCGUGAUGCUAAACUUCCGGACGACACCAAGACGCCAGAAAAGUUCCUCAAUAUUCCCUUCUCGGACUGGCACCACGUCUUUUCAGAUCUUGCCUUGGUCUAUGCGCGCAACGCAGAGCAAGACAAGUGUUACCGCAUCCUUCAGGACGUACUCGCCGGCGCCAAUGUCUUCUAUCACAACAUUCGACUCAAGAUGACAACCUAUGCAGUGUCGCUCUGCUGUGGACUCACCUUCAACGACAACCAGUUCAUCAUCGACCUCGCGCGGGACCUUGUUAAGGACACUGGGGACCGUGGUGGGGAAGCAUUUCAAAUUUUUGCAGCCGUGAACCGUUUCGCUUUCGGCUCGAAUUGGUUCUCAGCUGGCCCAACACAGAAAUGGAUGCUCAGAAUGGUGAAGUCGCAUGACUUCCUCGCCAUGCCGCCAGAACUGCGAGAACGCUUCGACUGGUCGCAGCAAAAGCCAAGUCUCGAAAAGAAAGCUGACGAGCUGGCGGGAGAGCUGCAAGAUCUCGAUGCUGGCGUCCUGUUGCUCUAUGGCCACAUGGUUGCCGUUGCAAAUCACAGCUUUUCAGCUCUUCCGUACUACUAUCGCGCGCUGGCUCUGGAUCCUGACAAUAUUUGCGUCAAUUUGAGUAUCGCAACAAUGUGGAUCCAGAACAGCAUGAAGCGGCAGACCGAGAACCGUCAGUUCGGAAUCCAUCAAGGCUUGGCGUUCCUCUAUCGAUACUAUGACCUUCGCAUCGCUAGCGGUAGAGCCUGUCAUCUUCAAGAAGCCGAGUUCAAUGUUGCCAGAAUGUGGCAUUACUUGGGCCUCAGUCACUUGGCGCUGCCAGCGUACGAGAAAGUUCUAGCGUUAAGCGAGGCAGUGCAGGCUGAAGCGCAGAGCGAGGAGGCAAAGAUGCUUGAUGGCAUCCCGGGUGAGCGGGAGGUCGAAGUGGAGGAUUUUGCGAUGGAGGCUGCAUUCGCGUUGCAGGGCAUGUACGCGCUGGCAGGUAAUGAUGUGGCCGCGCGAGCUGUGACGGAGCAGUGGUUGGUGAUGUGAGCGUCGCACAUGGCAAGGAGACGCGUCGUACACAAUUGUACUCGCGUAUGUUUUUGAGAUACCCAUUUAGCGUAUAUAAUUCUAGAGAGCCACUGCGGAAAGAAAUUGCGAGGGAC